AUGCACGUAUCGCCAUGCAAGAAUCUGACUCGUACCAGCACCGUAACAGCUUCUCACCUUAACGGACCCCUUGUGCUUCGUCACGAGCUCGGCCACUCAAUCAUCAACGUAGGAGAGGAGUAUGAUGGAGGCUUCGCGUACUUUGGUGUCAACAGCUUCAAGAACCUCAGUGAACCAGUAUUUUGGAAGCACUGGCUGACCGAGCCCACUACCGACAGCGAUGGAGGGCCGCGGGUUGAGCAUUCAGUCAUGCCCCUUCAAGAGUAUGUAUGGACGAUGCUCAAUGCUACAACCCCAUGGUCCACCCAGUUCUCAUCCUCAGGGGCCUACUCGAGGCAUCUCGUCAAAUUCUCGUUAUCCGGGAUUCCAGAAGCCUCAUUCCUCCGAGUCGAGUUGGAUGGAGUCGAUUUGAAAUGGAAGCCUGAGCCAGCGGUUGGGUUAGAUCGUUGGCACUACGAUAUAUUGCUCUCGAAGGGUUUAUCAGCGGGGACACAUGAACUCAAAUUUGUACUCAUGGAAGAGAGCUUGGAGGAUGUUGCUCAACUAUGCAGCGUUGAGGUCCUUGAGUAUGGCGAUGAAUCAGAAUUCAUCCUGAAGCCAGGCCAUUACGGAUUAUACCCGACAUCCCGACUGACCGCCGACGGCUUCGCUUCUGACGACAGCUACUCGAACGAGAAUGUCACCACCUACCGACCGACCAAUGACGACUGCCUGAUGCGGAAUGUCGUAGUCCCCAACUUUUGCAAAGUCUGUCUAGAAGGACUGUGGCUCUCGCUUCUUCGACAGUUGAGCCUGGUCGAUCUAUUCAGAGCGAGCUGCCAGUACAACCCCGAAUCCAAGAAAUGGUUCAGGCUAUUGGAGAUUGUCCUCCUACCUCUGGCGCAAUUCAGGACUGAAGCAACACGUGUCAAUGCACCUCAAGAGAGCUACACCAUCGUUUGGAAGAAAGAUGGAGCAGUUUUGGAGGAGUUUACCAACCAAACUAUGAUCGCGAUUGAGAGCGACGAGUCUGUCGGGUGGUAUUCAUGGGAUCUCGAGUUCAGAACGGAGGAGGUUAGAGUGCAGGACGGAGCAUUGACAAGGGGCGGGGAUGAAUUUGGAACGGAAUAUCCAAGUUCAAACUUGGAACAAGUGAGCACCAACGAAGAGAUCAGAGCUGACAACCCAAUGCGAUUCCCGACUAAGACAGGCGAGAAGAGAAGAAAGAGAGAGUAA